GAGACUUACUCAUAAAAACUACCGAACGCACAUGUGCACCGCCGGAUUGGUUACGCUUGCCUGGCAAACGACCAGCCAGAUGAGCCGCACACCAGCCACAGCGCUCCCCUGAUCCUGCGCCUCGUAACUGAUCUGCGCUAACAAUGGCCAAACCGGCACAGUAGUUGUGAUACUUCGGUUGCUCGACCGGCUGGAUGUGUAGAUGCAGAUUGUUUGCUUCUCACCAACGCACAGUUCCUGCUGGUAGACGGUGCACGCUGGAUGUACACGCUCGGUGCGAUGAGUUGCUGCUGUUUGGUCGUUUCCUACCAUUUGAUCGUCAAUUUAGUGGACCGUUUUUCGGAGGUGUUGCGCGAUCUCGUGUACUGCCGUUGUCGACGGGCAGAGCAGUUUGAUGACUGUGAAGUGACGGCGGGCGAUUCCCUGGAGCCGACGGUCCAGCUGUCUGCAUCCGGUGUGUUGACAAACAAACCACGCUACGUGGUGAUCAAUGAUACGGUUGAGCUAGAACCCUUUUACUACGACAUCGAUCGACGAUACUGUGAGCUACUUUUGCGGGAUCGUCCCGCCGGGACGUGUAUAGUGAGACCGUUCAAGCUAAAUCACGAAACGAUUCGCUACAUCCUUUCGAUCCGUGCGCCGGACACUUACUUCCACCUGUUUAUUCGACACGCCGGCAAGAAUGGCAUGUACGCCCUCGGGUUGGAAAAGGAGCAGGAAAAGCGGUUCAAGUUUCCCACCGACAUCGUGCGCUACUACCAGGCCCACCUGCUCGAGUGUAGCCGGGCUAGCCGGGUGUGCACGAAGCUGCAGCUUCAGCCGCUCCCGAUUUCGGACGUGCUCGAGGCGCGACGACCCAACGCUCCAGCAAAGACGACUUAAAAAGUGUGCGUCCGUGCUGGUGUGUUGGUAUUGGUGCAUGAUCCUAAAGGUCAUAGUGUGUGUGCGCAUGUUAAGUAGCGACGACCGCCUUGUACACGCA